AUGUUCUCGGCGCGACAGAACACGACCAGAUCGUCUCCAAAGUCUACUGUACACACCUACCGAUGGUUUUCCAAGUCAGGACCUCUUCUCAACAACUGCCCGACCUGCCAACCUGACUCCUGCUCACCUGCCGCCUGCAGCUUCUCCGAUCCCAACAACGGCUGUUUUUGUGCAAUCAAUAGACUGCUGCAAUCCACGGCUGUCUCCUGCGCACCGCCUAUACGGACAUUCAAUAGACGGCCGCUCUUUCCAUCAGAGAAAAAAAAACCUUCUGGAAAUUGUGAUCGUGAACGUUAG